AUGUCCGACUCUUCAGCGCCCAGUUCGCCAGGGAUCGUGCACGAAUUCCCUAGAAGGGAGUUUCUUGCGUCGACUACUGCUGCUACUACUGCUACUGCUACAAGAAGCUUUGAUCCUUCGGCUGAGCAUCACGGCCACGACUACCGUGCGGACCAGAAUGGUGGCACCGGCAUCCCUCGGCCGGCAUACCGUGCACCCAUGUACAUACAUCCAUACUAUCUACCUGGCGGGAAUCGAUCGCUCUCGGGCAUCUCGAUACGCGCUUUCGGCUUGGGCAUUGCGUUUGGAUUCUGUGUACUGCUGACGGUGGAAUUGGUCUACUUUGGCUAUGGGCUCUGGCGGGCGCCGUGUUUCAUUGCGACGCUUGCCAUCUUUCACUAUCUCGAGUUUGACUCGACGGCACGCUAUAACCCGCCUGAUGCACGGCUCUCGUCGUUUCUGUUGCUCUCGAACGGCAUGGCUUAUGCGUCGGCCCAUACGGCUGCUCUCUUAGAGUUGUUGGCUCGGUAUUGGCUGUCUUCUGAGUACAGACCCAGCUGGCUAGUUGCGCCGUUCUACAUUCCAAAGGUCUUCCCGACGAUACCGUCGAGCGGAACUGUCGUUCUUGGUUUUGCUCUCAUCUUGGUCGGCCAGACUAUGAGGAGUCUGGCGAUGAGACAGGCGAAAACGAACUUCAACCAUAUUGUGCAAUGGACAAAGAAGGCCGAUCAUGUCCUGGUGACCGACGGUGUCUACUCAUUCUCCAGACACCCCUCGUAUUUUGGGUUCUUCUGGUGGGGGUUGGGAACACAGAUCAUGCUGGGAAACCGCAUUUGUUUUGUUAUCUAUGGCCUGGUGUUGUGGAGGUUCUUUCAUCACAGGAUUACCCAUGAAGAGCGCCAUCUCGUCUCUUUCUUCGGACAGGCUUACAUUGACUAUCGCAACCGCGUCGCGGUUAGAAUCCCAUUUAUUCGAUGA